AUGGGGAACACAACUUCAAUUGAGAGUAAGAUAGAUUUCGGACAGAACAGGCAUGUGAAGCCGCAUUUGAAAAACAAUAAUCACGUGGAUGAUAUUUACAAAAGGGAUACCUUACCGCCGUCUAUGGCACAAAUGGAACCUAGAUCACCAAUCCUGGUUGUGAAUGGUAAGCACUUAACUGAUAUCAAGGAAAUAGCAAAUAUCAGCUCACAGAUACCGGAAACAAUGAUGGCUGCCAAUGCUGAAGCUGCAUCACUUCAGGAAUCAUUAUCCAAUGAAGAGAGAGCUGCUUAUUUGCCAACUUUUAGCAAAAGUAGUUCGUAUGUAUCUUCUCUACACAGUAGAAAAUCGUCUUUGCUUUCUAAUUCUACUACACUAGGGACCCCUGCAACUUCGCCAGGCUUAAACGAGUCGUCUUCCUCAUUGGCCAACGACUAUUUUGCAUCUAAAAGGAGACCCUCGCUACCAGAUCAAACCUUGGGCCAACACCUAACUCGACCCUCUUUGCUCGACAGCCACAGAUCUUAUUCUAGCGACAAUUGCUUGUCCACUAUUAACUCUAACUCAACAGAGCUCCAGAACACCACUACGCAUCACAAUGACAGACUAAGAGAUAUUUUUCCAUUUUCCCGACCAAAAUCACCAAAUGGCUUUGAAAUACGGAUUCCAUUAUCUUCUGAUGAUGUAUCAUCCAGCUCUGAGAGUAAACUGUCUUUACACAGGCAUCACAGCUCAAAAGAUAUUCCUGGUGAUCAAACAGGUUAUGUUAUGAUCAACGGAAAACGGAAGAAACAAGUCAACAUCGAUGAAGCUAUACAAAGAUUACUAGAUGUUGGCUACUCAGGCAAGAAAAACAAGGCCUUUUGCCUGAAAAACUCCGAGAUAAUUCAAAUUUGCAUACAAGCACGCGAAGUAUUCUUAAAUCAACCGGCGUUGCUGGAAUUAUCAGCUCCCGUGAAGAUAGUGGGGGACAUUCAUGGCCAAUUUCAAGAUCUUCUGCGGCUAUUCACAAAGUGCGGGUUCCCGCCUUCAUCAAAUUUCCUGUUUCUAGGAGAUUAUGUGGACAGAGGAAAACAGUCACUAGAGACCAUAUUAUUAUUGCUAUGCUAUAAGAUCAAGUAUCCAGAAAACUUUUUCCUGUUGCGCGGAAACCACGAAUGUGCAAAUGUAACGAGGGUUUAUGGUUUCUACGACGAGUGUAAACGUCGUUGCAAUAUCAAAAUAUGGAAAUAUUUUAUAGACACAUUUAAUACAUUACCAUUGACAGCUAUUGUAGCGGGUAAAAUAUUUUGCGUUCAUGGUGGGCUUUCCCCCGUGCUAAAUACCAUGGAUGAAAUUAGAAAUAUGUCAAGACCUACAGAUGUUCCAGAUUUUGGUUUAAUAAACGAUUUGUUGUGGUCUGAUCCUAUUGAUUCGCCAAAUGAAUGGGAGGAUAAUGACCGAGGUGUGAGUUACUGCUAUAACAAAGUGGCAAUUAAUAAAUUCAUUAAUAAAUUUAACUUUGACUUAGUAUGCAGAGCUCACAUGGUCGUAGAGGAUGGCUAUGAGUUUUUUAACGACCGAACAUUGGUUACUGUAUUCUCUGCACCAAACUAUUGUGGCGAAUUUAAUAAUUGGGGGGCAGUAAUGUCAGUCAGCCAGGAGCUACUUUGUUCUUUUGAGCUACUGGAUCCGUUGGAUAGUAACUCUCUAAAACAGGUCAUGAAGAAGGGGAAACAAGAACGUGAUCUUGCAAACUCAUUUGAUUAA